CAACUUCAGAAACAUCCUCUUCAAACAAAGGCAAUAACUGCUGGAGUACUGUCAGCUAUAAGUAAUAUAGCUGCUCAAAAGAUUACUGGCAUUCAAAAACUUCAAAUCAAGCGCCUUCUUCUCAAAGUGCUUUUUGGUUUUGCAUAUCUAGGACCAUUUGGUCACUUUCUUCAUAUAUUGUUGGACAAAAUUUUCAAGGGCAAGAAGGAUCCGAAGACAGCUGCUAAGAAGGUUGUGCUUGAACAAGUGACGUCUUCACCUUGGAACAACCUUCUUUUCAUGUUGUAUCAUGGGUUAGUUAUUGAGGGAAGACCAUGGGUCCAGGUGAAAUCAAAUGUGGCAAGAGAGUACCCAAAAAUCCAAUAUACAGCAUGGACGUUUUGGCCAGUUGUGGGAUGGGUGAAUCACCUGUAUGUACCCCUCCAGUUUCAUGUCAUAUUUUAUAGCAUUAUAGCUUGCUAUUGGGG